GCCCGAGCCCACGUGCAGCUGCGGCUCCUUCAUUGAUGGGCUCCUGGGUCCAGGAGGUUCUCAACACAAGAUUUCCCUUCUGCGGGUUUUUCUGGGGCCCUCCACCCCAAGAUGACCUCUGAGGACCAGUCCCCUGGGGGCGUCCCCAUCAUGGAUACUUUGGUCCUGCUCAAGGCCAGCCUCCCCAGGCUCCCGGAGCACCUCAUGAAGCAGCUCACUGAGCACCUGAUGACGUUCAACCACAUGCUCAAGGAAAUCCACCAGAAUAUCCAACAACAUCACAGUCAGGUAAACAAUUUCUUGCAGCAGAUGGAGAAGUAUAAUGACCUCCUGAAGAGCCAGGCCUCAGAGCAGCUCCAGCCAGGCCUGUGCCGGGCUGCGAAGGAGCCAGCCAGCCCCAAGGUCUCCCAGCACCUCACAGACAUGGGGGACCCCGAGGCCUCUGCCCAGCUGCACCAACUGCAGGGGGACGAGGAGCUGGAGCCCCUGCCCAGUGGCUGGCAACCCCAAUUCUGGAACGAUGUUCUCACUCAGGAACUGUGGCACCUAUUCAUCUGUUCCUGCGGCUGGAAAGUGACCGACUGGAAGGCCCGGGGGAACACAGUACUGGGACCCUACGACCUGGAAUGGGAAGAGGAACCGGAAGAGGAGGAAGAGGAGGAAGAAAAGGAGGAGGAGGAGGAAAUAACGAUCCUGGGUAAAAGGGUCUGCUUCAAAAGUGAAUUCUGUACUUGCCCGUCCAUUUCCAUGGUGACCAAGUCCAUCCUGCCUUCCCCAAAAGAGAGCCCUCAGCCCCCCGAGGCCCAGGAGCUACCUGGUACCAUGCGUUCGUUUCUGAAGCUCCCAACCUGGGACCGCGAAGACUUUGAGGACGCGUGGGACAGGACGGCUGUGGAGCCGUGGCUGUCCAAGCGGUUCGCCGUCCCGCACCAGGUGGAGAAGUUGCGGGUGCUGAGACACGGGGAGUCCGUGCUGUCUGCGGCGGUGAGCAGCUUCUCACGCCACGCCUUCACCUGCAGCAAGGGCGGCAUCAAGGUGUGGAGCCUGGUGGGCCAGGUGGCCGAGGACAGGUUCCCCGAGAGCCACCUGCGCCCGGGCACACAGGCGCCCGGGACUGCGGGCUCCGCCUCCCUGCGCACCUGCCUGCUGUCUGCAGACAACUCCACGCUGCUGGCCGGCGGCCACAACCUGGCCGGAGUGAAGCUGUGGGACCUGUCGGCGCCCUCGCUGUACGAGAAGAGCCAGCUGCCCUGCCCGGGCCUCUCCUGCCAGGCCCUGGCCGCCAGGGUGGAGGACAACUUGGUCUUGGCCGGCUUUAGAGAAGGGACUGUCCGGUUGUGGGACCUGCGGGAUCACAGUGUGGUCAGGGACAUCUCCUGCCACCCCAAUGGAGCCCGCAGCCUGGUGGUGAUGAACCACAAGGUGUGGGCCGGGGGCAUGGACGCCUGCCUGCGUUGCUGGGACCUGCGGGUGCCGGGGGAGCUCAGGAAAUUCACAUUUGACUCUCAGAUCAUGAGCUUGAGCCAGAGUCCCCAGGGAGACUGGGUGCUCCUGGGCCUGGCCAAUGGCCAGCACUGGCUGCAGCCCUCCACAGAGGCCCCAGCACACGUGGUGGGCAGUAAAGGGGGCACCAUUCUCGGGGUGCAGUUCUCCCCGUAUGGUCAGUGGUGGGCCAGCGUCAGCAUAGAUGAUAUGGUAACCAUCCACGCCAUGCCCACGGGAGCCAAGGUCUUCCAGGUCCCCGAGGCUUCCUGCAUCAACUGCUGUGCCGUGUCCUCCAGCAACCGUCUGGUGGUCACCGGCUCCCAGGACCACGCCACGGUCUACCAGAUCACUUACUGAGUGGCAACGGACAUGGGCACCCACCCACUCCUUGUUCUCCCCAGGUUGUGGGGGAGGGGACUUGGGGGAGAGGGGCUCCACUGGUCCUGGUCUCUGUCAAGGUAAUAAAGCAUGUG